UGUUCAGUACAUACGAACGCGCGCGCGUGUGCCGCCUGCCAUCGGUGAGUGUCACGCGAGCUCUGCUGCUAAAGCGCUUCGUUUCUGUCGCUCAUCACUCACUGAGCGCGAACGAGGUCAUGGAUGAAGAGUUUAUACCAUUAGACUGCCUUCUGUGCCCAGGAAAGCAGAAGAUUGGGUUAAUUAUCCUCAACCAACCUUUGGAUCAGCGUUUCUUCCAUGUCCUCUGGAAUAAAGCUGUGAUCCGGGCGUGUGCGGAUGGAGGAGCCAACCAACUUUACCAGUUCACAGACGGCCAGAAAGAAUGUUUUUUACCAGACUACAUAAGUGGAGAUUUUGAUUCCAUUACACCAGAGGUCAAGACGUUCUACUCACAAAAGAACUGCAGGCUGAUUGAAACGGCUGACCAGGACAUGACGGACUUCACUAAGUGCCUGGACCUGAUGGUGAAGGAGCUGGACAGGACUCGACUGAAGGUGGACACCAUAGUCGUCCUGGGCGGCUUGUUGGGGCGCUUCGAUCAGAUCAUGGCCACGGUGGAGACCCUGUUCCACGCCCAGAAGUUGACAGCAACUCCAGUAGUGGUCAUCCAAGGCUCCUCCCUGGCUGUUCUCCUCCGAGAGGGCAGGCAGGUGCAGAUGGGUGUGAACACAGGGCUGGAGGGAGACUGGUGUGCCCUGGUACCCGUGGGUAGCCCCUGCAUCACCACCACCUCCGGGCUCAAGUGGAACUUGGAUCAGGAUGUGCUGGAGUUUGGAAAGCUCGUCAGUACAUCGAACACCUACGAGGAGCACGACCCACAGCAGGGGAGAAACCCUGUGAGAGUCUUCACAGACAGGCCUCUGCUGUGGAGCAUGGGAAUUAAGGAGCAGUAACGCAAGCCACGCACCAGGGCGCCCAGCCUCUGCCUACUGCAGCCAGUAGCCUUCUGAAAUGAACAGUCAUCUUUGGUUUGGUCUUUUUAUUAUUAACACAGCCAAAAAAACAUUUCAAAUAAAAAGAAUGAAUUUACAGCUUU